UAACAGACACUGAAUCCUCCCCAGCUCCUGCAGCUGACAAUUCAUCAAGGCUCUUGGACUGUCGUCCCAUUUCCAGGCAGGAGCUGGAUUUCGUCCAAUUCCCUUAAUCCCCACCCAAUGCCAGGCACCGUGCCAAUAAAGGUGAGUCAACAUUUCCCAUUGUGUGUUAGAUACUGAGCACUGAGGAGCUGUCCCUGGGGCUGAGGAGACAGCUGCCUAUAUAAAAGCCCGCCAUCUGCGUUGUCCUCACAGCUGUGAGGGAUCAGACAGACAGAAUCAACAGGAAUCCAGAUGGAUCUUCACGGAUUACACAUCAUCACCCUGCUCUGGCUCUCCUCCGGAAUGGCUUCGCCACUUGAUGAACAUAUUUGUUUGGAGAAUGAGUUUCAGUUAAAGGUAGCCAACAUUCUGGGUGGUGGAAGCUCCCUUGGGAAGAGAUAUAUGUGCUGUCCUGGUUGGAGUUCAGUCAAUGGGAUAUGUACAAAGCCUGUCUGUAAAUAUAAUUGCUGGAAUCACGGACAGUGUAUCGCUCCUAAUAAGUGUCUCUGUAAUAUCGGAUUUCAAGGGCCCCUCUGUGAACAACCACGUUGCCGUGUGUCCUGUGCUAAUGGAGGGGUCUGUAUACCACCUUUUCGCUGUGCUUGCCCCCCAGGAUACACCGGACGCACUUGCCAAACAGCCAUCUGCAGCCCUGCGUGCCUACCUCCUCAGCGAUGUCAGGCUCCAAACCAGUGCACGUGCCCUCCUGGGUUAACAGGACCACAGUGCACAAUCGAUGUCAAUGAGUGUGAGACUGGGACUGCACGAUGCCAACACGGCUGCAUCAACACUCCAGGAUCCUUCCGAUGUACCUGUCAGUCAGGGUACCGCCUCGCCAACGAUGGGAGAUCCUGUAUCGCAAUAUGUGAUAAACCAUGUCGAAACCUGGGGGUGUGUCUGAUUCCAAACCACUGCUCCUGCUUUCCCUGGUUUUCUGGAGCAGCCUGUGAAGUGGUGAGGAGACGCUGAACAAAACCACCCUCCUCCAGCUGGAUAUCUGGCUGCUCAGACCCCAGUCUGCUUUGCUUUGUUCCCAUAAUCUAACUCGGUAUCCCUGUCACUGUCAUCUCAGGCCCCACUCCCCGAGCUCACUUCCACACUCUGUCCAUCCAUUGGUCUGAAACUCAGUCAGCACCCACAGCCUGACCACACGUCGAGGGUAGUAGCUAGUGACUGAGGACAGCUCCUAUCCCCAUCACUGCUAUCUCAUCAGUGUGUUUGCAUUGCAGCACCCACUGGCACAGCAACAUUGGGACCCAGCACCCACCAGGGCACAGCAACACCGGGACACAGCACCCACUGGGACCCCGCACCCACUGGCAUCCAGCACCCACUGCGGCACAACACCCAAUGGGACCCAGCAUCCACUGGGGCAUAGCACGUAGCAGGACCCAGCCCCCAAUGGCACCCAGCACCCACCAACACCCACCAGGACACAACCCCCCCCCACUGGCACCCAGCACCCACCAGGACACAGCACCCACCAUGGCACAGCAACGCCAGGACCCAGCCUCCACCAACGCCAGCACCCACGGGGACACAGCACCCACUGGCAUCUAGCAACCAUCAGAGACACUGCAUCCACAUGGAUCCAGCCCCCACUGACACGCAUCACCCACCGGGACCCAGCACCUAUCGGGACUCAGCACCCACCGGCACCCAGCACCCACCGGGAUGGCCCCCACUGGCAUCCAGCAACCACCAGGACACAGCACCCAAUGGCACCCAGCCCCCACUGAGACACAGCACCCACCGGCACCCAGCCCUCACCGGCACCCGACACCCACCAGCACCCACUUGUAUCCAGCACCCACAGGGACAACCCCCACCAGCACCUACCACCCAUUGGCACACAGCACCCACAGGGACACAGCACCCAAUGGCACCCAGCCCCUACUGGGACACAGCACCCACCGGCACCCAGCCCUCACCAGCACCCUACACCCACCAGCAUCCACUUGUACCCAGCACCCACAGGGACAGUCCCCAAUGGCAUCUAGCACCCACAGGGACAUAGUACCCACCGGUACCCAGCACUCAUCGGGACCCACCGGCUAUCAGUACCCAAUCCCUCACUCUGUCACCUACUCUAGCCCCUACAUCCCCUCCCUAUCUCUGUCACUUCCUCCAACACAUACACCCUUCCCUAUCUCCAUAACCUGCUCCAGCCCCUGAA